CACCCAGAGCCCAUCUCUCUCUGCCCCAGACCUUGGAGCUGUUGUCCCACCCCUGUCACUGCAGAGAGCUGAGGCGCCAUGCAUGGGGGCCAGGGGCUGCUGCUCCUCCUGCUGCUGCUGGCUGUCUGCCUGGGGACCCAGGGCCGGAACCAGGAGGAGCGCCUGCUCGCAGACCUGAUGCAAAACUACGACCCCAACCUGAGGCCCGCGGAACGAGACUCGGAUGUGGUCAAUGUCAGCCUGAAGCUAACCCUCACCAACCUCAUCUCCCUGAACGAGCGAGAGGAAGCCCUCACCACCAAUGUCUGGAUAGAGAUGCAGUGGUGCGACUAUCGCCUGCGCUGGGAUCCGCGAGACUAUGAAGGCUUGUGGGUGCUGAGGGUGCCGUCCACCAUGGUGUGGCGGCCGGAUAUCGUGCUGGAGAACAAUGUGGACGGUGUCUUCGAGGUGGCCCUCUACUGCAAUGUGCUCGUGUCCCCGGACGGCUGUAUCUACUGGCUGCCGCCUGCCAUCUUCCGUUCCGCCUGCUCUAUCUCAGUCACCUACUUCCCCUUCGACUGGCAGAACUGCUCCCUUAUCUUCCAGUCCCAGACUUACAGCACCAAUGAGAUUGAUCUGCAGCUGAGUCAGGAAGAUGGCCAGACCAUCGAGUGGAUUUUCAUUGACCCUGAGGCCUUCACAGAGAAUGGGGAGUGGGCCAUCCAGCACCGACCAGCCAAGAUGCUCCUGGACCCAGCGGCACCAGCCCAGGAGGCAGGCCACCAGAAGGUGGUGUUCUACCUGCUCAUCCAGCGCAAGCCCCUCUUCUACGUCAUCAACAUCAUCGCCCCCUGUGUGCUCAUUUCCUCCGUCGCCAUCCUCAUCUACUUCCUUCCUGCCAAGGCUGGGGGCCAGAAGUGUACCGUCGCCAUCAACGUGCUCCUGGCCCAGACUGUCUUCCUCUUCCUUGUGGCCAAGAAGGUGCCUGAAACCUCCCAGGCGGUGCCACUCAUCAGCAAGUAUCUGACCUUCCUCCUGGUGGUGACCAUCCUCAUUGUCGUGAAUGCUGUGGUUGUGCUCAAUGUCUCCUUGCGGUCUCCACACACACACUCCAUGGCCCGAGGGGUCCGCAAGGUGUUCCUGAGGCUCUUGCCCCAGCUGCUGAGGAUGCACAUUCGCCCGCUGGCCCCGGCAGCUGUGCAGGACACCCAGUCCCGGCUACAGAAUGGCUCCUCUGGAUGGUUGAUCACAACUGGGGAGGAGGUGGCCCUCUGCCUGCCUCGCAGUGAACUCCUCUUCCAGCAGUGGCAGCGGCAAGGGCUGGUGGCGGCAGCGCUGGAGAAGCUAGAGAAAGGCCCAGAGUUAGGGCCGAGCCAGUUCUGUGGCAGCCUGAAGCAGGCUGCCCCAGCCAUCCAGGCCUGUGUGGAAGCCUGCAACCUCAUUGCCCGUGCCCGGCACCAGCAGAGUCACUUUGACAAUGGGAAUGAGGAGUGGUUCCUGGUGGGCCGAGUGCUGGACCGCGUCUGCUUCCUGGCCAUGCUCUCGCUCUUCGUCUGUGGCACGGCUGGCAUCUUCCUCAUGGCCCACUACAACCGGGUGCCGGCCCUGCCAUUCCCUGGAGAUCCACGCCCCUACCUGCCCUCACCAGACUGAGCCAACCAACCACUGCGGGGCAUGUGGGAGUCACUCACGUGGGUCACACUGAGUCUUAUCAGCCACGUUCUCCUACUGAGGUCCUAAGUGUGCUCUUUGGGAAGUGCCUUUCAGGGCUGUGUGAGCCAAACGGCCCUGAGAAAAGCUGGGGAAAGAGUCUGAGCUGGAGUCCGGGAGUGGUUGGGGGUAGGCUGUGGUUAGAGUGUGCUGCUGCAGUCAGCAUGAACGCGGGAUUGGCUAGCUCACCCUGGCACCAGCCACCCCUCCACUCAGUGCACUCCCCUCACUUAGGCAAAGCAUUAUUCAUUCCCAUCAGUCUGAAGCCCGAAGGACUGUUUUGUAUAAUACCUUCGGACUUGGGACUGGCUCCCCUUUUACAAGUUCUCCCUGAAAGAGGGCAGUCACGAGAGGUGUGAAGAGUAGCAGCCGAUGCUCUCUCCAAAGCAGGGCAGCAGCCCAAGCCCAUGCCAGCUGGCAUCUCCCCCGCCAUGCCCUCUGGAUACAAUAAGCACCCAAUUCUCAACAGCCCCCGUGGCCUUUCCAUUCAUGUGCAUUUUUCUGCCACUGACCACAAGACGAUUUCCUGAGUUUAGUAAUCCUCUUUUUUUUUUUUUAGUUUUUGAUGUGUUGUUGUUGUUGUUUUGUUUAGUUUUGAGACAGAGCCUCACUCUUGUCAUGUAAGCUGGAGUGGAGUGGCAUGAUCACGGCUCACUGCAGCCUCAACCUCCGGGGCUCAAGCAAUGCUCCUGCCUCAGCCCCCCAAGUAGCUGGCACCACAGGCAUGCACCACUACACCCAACUGCUUUUAAAUUUUUAGUAGAGAUGAGGUUUUGCUAUGUUGCCUAGGUUGGUCUUGAACUCCUGAGCUCAAGUGAUCCUCCCACUUGAGUCUUGGGAUUACAGGCAUCAGCCACUGUACCUGGCCUCCUUUUUAAUCAAGAGCUCCUCACAGCAGUAUGGACAAGCAAGAGUCAUUAUUCCCCGUGUUAUAUAGGCAAAUUGAGCCUAGAGUAAGAAGGACUCCACACAACACUGGUGGUUAAACAAGGUUUGAAGUCCAGAAUUCCUGACUCUGACCCAGUCUGACACUCUAACAUUCUACGGCCUGAAAAACAGGCCCUUCUUCCCGAAGGAUGGUUAAGACAAGGAAGAGCUAGGCAAGAGGAGGUGUGGAGUUAACAGACAGCCACUGAGCUCUUCAUUCCAGGAGGAGACUUUGACUGGCCUCCCUUGACCCCACUAAUCAGGUAGUAAGGCAAUAAGCUGGGGUCUUCCUAGGGGAGAGGCAAGGUCCUGCUCUGAGAUUACAGCCAGCACACGAGUUCGGCUGGUAACCAGGGGACACCCUUGGGCAAGUCACCUAUGCUCCCUGAGCCUGUUCCCUCAUCUGUAAAUAAGGUGCAAAAAAUAAUCCAUUCCUGGCCAGGUGUGGUGGCUCACACCUAUAAUCCCAGCACCUUGGGAGGACAAGGUGGGUGGAUUGCUUGAGCUCAGGAGUCCAGGAACCCAGAAAGCCAGCCUGGGCAACAUGGGGACACCCGGUCUCUAUCAAAAAACACAAAACUUAGCUGGGCGUGGUGAUGUAUGCCUGUAGUCCCAGUUACUCGGGAGGCUGAGGUGGGAAGAUCGCUUGAGUCCAGGAGGUCUAGGCUGCAGUGAGCUGUGAUCAUGUGACUGCACUCCAGCCUGAUGACACAGUAAGACCCUGUCUCAAAAACAAAAAAAAUUACAAAACUAAAAAAAAAAAAAGUGAAAGUGCCACAUAAAGGCCUGACAACAGGAUAUGCUGGCAGGAGGGGACCUUGGAAAUAUGCCCUCCCUCCAAGCACAGGAUUGCUGUCUUUGGGAUUCAAUCACCAGCAAGUUCAUUUUAUUUACUCCAGUGUGAGUCUGUGUCUGUGCAUGCAUAGUGUGUUUGAAGCAAGUGCAGAGUCACAGCUCUAGAGUCCUAGAGGAGUUAGGGAGAGUGGGGAAGAACUUCAAUCAGGGAGGGAAUCUGAUGACAGUGGGACCAUUUCAGGUUCCCAUCAACCCCUUACUAGCCGUGUAUCUGGCACAAGUCUCUCAACCUCUCUGAAAGCCUCAGAGGGCAGAGGAUUAGCUCCUUGUACACAAUAAGCACUCAGAGGUUAACAUUAGCUGCCAUUCUAUAGGUUACGGUCUCAUGGGAUCCAUACAGCAACCUAAGGAGGUAGGUCGAGGCGUACCUCAAAGAUAUUGCAGGUUCAGUUCCAGACCAACGUAAGAGAGCAAGUCACAUGAAUGGUCUUGGUUUCUCAAUGCAUAUAAAAGUUAUGUUUACACUAUACUGUAGACUAGCAAGAGUGCAAUAGCAUUGUCUAAUAAAACAAUAUACAUACCUAAAUUUAAAAAUACUUUAUUGCUACAAAAUGCUAAUGAUCAAUCUGAGCCUUCGGUGAGUCGUACCCUUUUUGCUGGUGGAGGGUCUUGCCUCGAGGUUGACGGCUGCUGACUGAUCAGGGUGGUGGCUGCUGAAGGUUGGGGUGACUGUGGCAAUUUCCUAAAAUAAGACAUCAGUGAAGUUUGUCGCAUCAGUUGACUCUUCCUUUCAUGAAAGAUUUCUCUGUAGCAUGCGAUGCUGUUUGAUAGCAUUUUGCCCACAGUAGAGCUUCUUUCAAAAUUGGAGUCAAUCCUCUCAAACCCUGCUGCUGCUUUAUCAACUAAGUUUAUGUAAUAUUCUAAAUCCCUUGUUGUCAUUUCAACAAUGUUCACAGCAUCUUCACCAGGUGUAGAUUCCAUCUCAAGAAACCACUUUCUUUGCGCCUCCAUAAGAAACAACUCCUCAUCUGUUAAAGUUUUAUCAUGAGAUUGCAGCAAUUCAGUUACAUCUUCAGGCUCUACUUCUAAUUCUAGUUCUCUUGCUAUUUCCACCACAUCUGCACUUACUUCCUCCACUGAAGUCUUGAACCCCUCAUAGUCAUCAAUGAGGGUGGGAAUCAACUUCUUCCAAACUCCUGUUAAUGUUGACAUUUUGACCUCCUCCCACGAAUCACGAAUGUUUUUAAUGGCAUCUAAAAUGGUGAAUCCUUUCCAGAAGGUUAUCAAUUUGCUUUGCCCAGAUCCAUCAGAGACAUCACUAUCCAUGGCAGCUAAAGCCUUAUGAAAUGUAUUUCUCAAAUAAUAAGACUUGAAGGUCGAAAUUACCCCUUGAUCCAUGGGCUGCAGAAUGGAUGUUGUGUUAGCAGGCAUGAAAACAACAUUAAUCUCCUUGUACAUCUCCAUCAGAGCUCUUGGAUGACUAGGGGCAUUGUCAAUGAGCAGUAAUAUUUUGAAAGGAAUCUUCUUUUCUGAGCAGUAGGUCUCAACAGUGGGUUUAAAAUAUUCAGUAAACCAUGCUGUAAACAGAUGUGCUGUCAUCCGGGCUUUGCUGUUCCAUUUAUAUAGCACAGGUAGAGUAGAUUUAGUAUAAUUCUUAAGGGCCCUAGGAUUUUCAGAAUGGUAAAUAAGCAUUGGCUUCAACUUAAAGUCACCAGCUGCAUUAGCCCCUAACAAGAGAGUCAGCCUGUCCUUUGAAGCUUUGAAGCCAGGCACUGACUUCUCCUCUCUAGCUAUGAAAGUCCUAGAUGGCAUCUUCUUCCAAUAGAAGGCUGUUUCAUCUACAUUGAAAAUCUGUUGUUUAGUGUAGCCACCUUCGUCAACUAUCUUAGCUAAAGCUUCUGGAUAACUUGCUGCAGCUUCUACAUCAGCACUUGCUGCUUCACCUUGUGCUUUUAUGUUAUGGAAACGGCUUCUUUCCUUAAACCUCAUGAACCAACCUCUGCUAGCUUCAAACUUUUCUUCUGCGGCUUCCACACCUCUCUCAGCUUUCAUAGAGUUGAAGAGAGUUAGGGCUUUGUUCUGGAUUAGGCUUUGGCUUAAGGGAAUGUUGCGGCUGGUCUGAUCUUCUAUCCAGACCACUAAAACUUUCUCCAUAUCAGCAAUAAGGCUGUUUCGCUUUCUUAUCAUUCGUGUGUUCAUUGGAGUAGCACUUUUAACUUCCUUCAAGAACUUUUCCUUUGCAUUUACAACUUGGCUAACUGUUUGCCGCAGGAGGCCUAGCCUUCGGCCUAUCUCGGCUUUUGACAUACCUUCCUCACUCAGUUUAAUCAUUUCUAGUUUUUGAUUUAAAGUGAGAGACGUGCGACUCUUCCUUUCACUUGAGCACUUAGAGGCCAUUGCAGAGUUAUUAAUUCGCCUAAUCUCAAUAUUGUUGUGUCUCAGGUAAUAGGGAGGCCCAAGAAGAGGGAGAGAGAUGGGGAACAGUCUGUGGGUGGAGCAGUCAGAACACACACAACAUUAAGUUGGACGUCUUAUAAAAGACGCUGUAUGUGGCACCCCAAAACAAUGACAAUAGCAACAUCAAAGAUCACUGAUCAUAGAUCACCAUAACAGACACAGAAAUCAUGAAAAAGUUUGAAAUAUUUUGAGAAUUACCAAAAUGUAACACAGAGACACGAAAUGAGCACAUGCUGUUGGAAAAAUGGCGCUGAUACCAUUGCUGGACUCAGGGCUGCCACAAACCCUCCAUUUGUUUUCAGAAAGCCCUAUCUGCGAAGCGUAAUAAAACGAGGUAUGCCAUAGUACAGUGGCGGCGCCGCCGACAAAGGAAAGCCUGGGGGAGGUCAAGAGAGAUACCGGAGAGUGCGUCCUGCACUGGAGGAAGAGGAAGGUUUUUACCAAGCAGCGAGUCCAGAGCCCGCGCUGUCAACGACGCGGUGCUGCCUUUUUUCCGAGCCGCUGCGGGAGGGGGCCAGGACACGCUCCCUUAGGAGAGCGGACGGGUCACAAGGACCUGGGCAGAGACAGAGCUGAAGCCAGCAGCCA